GGCUCCAAGGCGGAUACGGACCCGCGAGGACACCGGACAGGAUCACCCUGGACCGGAGCGCUACCCCACCGGGUCACAGCUGCACCCUGCCGUGAUGUUGGCGAAGAAUGUUUCUGUGGAAUGUGUACAGACACCGUCAAGCUGACAGGUGAAGUUACGAUCUUUGAUGAAAUGAGCCAUGUGCUAUUAUCAUGAUGUUUUCUCCACUGUAGUUGUCUCCAAAUCUUUGGUCAAGGAUUUCACUACAGGCUUUCAAAACUAAAAGUGUCCUGAACCUUCAGAAAGUAAUCAUGAUGUCCAAAUCAGCACUCGUGAAAGUGAUCCUUUUGGGUGAUGGUGGCGUUGGCAAGUCAUCGCUCAUGAACCGUUAUGUGACCAACAAGUUUGACUCACACCUCUUCCACACAAUAGGUGUGGAGUUCCUCAACAAGGAGCUGGAGGUGGAUGGCCAAAGUGUCACUCUGCAGAUUUGGGACACAGCUGGUCAAGAGCGUUUCCGAAGCCUCCGCACACCUUUUUACCGAGGCUCGGACUGCUGCCUGCUUACGUUCAGCUUGGAUGAUGGGCAGAGCUUUCGCAACCUGGCUAAUUGGAAAAAAGAAUUCACCUACUAUGCUGACGUCAAGGACCCUGACAGUUUCCCUUUUGUGGUACUGGGAAACAAACUGGAUGUCCCAGAACGACAGGUGUCAGGGGACGAUGCCCGAAAGUGGUGCCGUGAGAAUGGUGGACACCCGUACUUUGAGACAAGUGCUAAAGAUGCUACCAAUGUAUCAUCAGCCUUUGAGGAGGCAGUACGCCGCAUUCUGGCACUAGACGACAGAGCUGAUCACCUCAUCCAGACAAACACAGUGGAUUUACAGAGGAAGAGUCACCCAGACCCAUCCUGCUGCUGAGCUAAGACUGAGAUAUGACUCUGGAGCUCAUGUUUGGCUUUUGUUGUAGCCACAUAAUGUUUGACUGGUUUGUGGCUGCAAAAAGAGGGAACCAGUGUUUCUUUGGUAGCUAUAUGUUACCACGGGUGAGAUGUUUAAACAGGUUCAGCAUUUGUUUAAAGUUCAUAUAAAUAAACAAAAAAACAACAAACAAGGGAACAUUUCACUUUCUUUUUCCUAGGUGUGUACUAGAGAUGGGAAUUGAUGACAUUUGUUGAUAACAGUGCCAUUAUGGAUUCUGUUUCUCUCUCCACUUCUUUGACAAAGUUUGCAAGAAAAAAGUUAAAAAAAAACUGAGAAAGUACAUGACAUUAAUUAGGUAUUAGAACCAACUGCUACUACGAAAUGGGCCCCAGGGCCAAACUAUUAAACACUGUAGUAUCGAUAAGCUCAGACUUUCACCAGUUCUCUUAA